AUGAUGCUUAUAAAAGAAGACAAUGCAUCGCCCGUUUCUCUCCUACUCCGCUUCGCCACCACCACCAACACCUCCCCCACUCUCCCACCCCAACUCCCCCGCUCCCUCCCCAAACCCCCCCACACCACCACCACCACCACCAUCUCCCGCGCGCGCCCACCACCUGUUCGACUCAUCGCCUCUUCGAACCCCCGCCCCGUCCCCGCGCUCCGUUGCAGCGGCGGCGGCGGCGGCGCCUUCAAUGCCGCUCCACCCGCGCUCGGCGAGGGCGAGGACGAGGUGUGCCCCGUGGAGUGCGUGGCGGAGUUCGCGACGGAGGAGGAGUUCCGGAGGAUUCUGGAGAGGGCCAAGGAGAGAAACGCGCUCGUCGUCGUCGACUUCUACCGCACCUCCUGCGGGAGCUGCAAAUACAUCCAGCAGGGCUUCGCCAAGCUCUGCAAGCGCGCCGGCGAUCGCGGCGACGCCGACGUCGUCUUCUUGAAGCACAAUGUUAUUGAUGAAUAUGAUGAGCAAUCAGAGGUUGCAGAGAGACUUCGCAUUAAGGUAGUUCCACUGUUUCACUUCUACAAAGAUGGGGUUCUGUUAGAAGCAUUUGCGACGCGAGAUAAGGAACGAAUUAUUGCUGCAAUUCGCAAAUAUACUUCUACAGAUUAAAUUGUGUUGUUGUAUAGUUUUAUAAAACUCAUAGAACUCAAUAAAUGUAAAAAUGGACCUCAUUCAAGUAAUGUAUAUUAUCUUUGUCGAAAAUUCUUUGAUCUAGACAAAGUGAAA